AUGGGUUCUGAGCAAAGUACAGAAGCUGCUCCUCAAAAAAGUAAGGGUUCUAGAAUAGGACAAUUAAAAAGAGGAAAAUCAGUACCUGAACAAAAUAGGCAAGAGCAAGAAAUAGAAACUUCCAGACCUGGAAGCUGUUCUCCAGGAUUGAGUGUUUGUUCGGAUUCAGAACUUCCUUAUAUAUCAUACACUGUUAAUCGUCCUAUUGGUGAUUCGCCUAAGCAUCCUGCUAAGCAAGGUCAUUUGUUGCGAGGGAAAUCACUUGGAGCUAAUAUCUCCCCGAGUAGAAAAAGUACAUUGCGAAAAACACCACUUUCAAGAGUGCAUAAUGUUGUUGUCGUUAAACCUGCUGCUAAAGAAGAGUCCACUGAAAAAGAUCCUGAGAUACUCAGACUUCAGAAAAUACCAAUGUUUCUGCCGAUAAUGAGGAGUACCCUUAAUGUACCAGCAGCUAGAGAUCCUGAAAUCUUGGAACGGUUUGAUCCUCGUGCCUUGCAUCGAUUGUGUCUUAGGUGUCAGAGACAUAUGACUGAAUCUGCUCUUUCUAUAGCCAAUGAGCAAGAUAGACUGGGAUUAAGACUGAAAGAGAUUAAUUCAGAAAUUGCUCAGACAUUAGCAGCAAAUGUUGAAAGGCAAAAAAGAUAUUCUAAACAUGCUGAAACCUUAUCGAAAGUUAGUGAGCUUACGGCACAAAUUGCUAAAUGUCAUUUUGUUCUUAACAAGACCUUAGAAUCUGUUGAAAAACUGAAUAAUCUAUUGCCUCCUGAUGAAAGACUCGAACCUUUUGUAUGGACUACAGGAUAGUAUUAAUUAGAUAAUGUCCAUAUUUUUAUUUAUUUUAUUAUAUAGUUGUAAAUAAUUUCAUUUUGUUAUUUGUAUGUGAUACUCGGAAUUCCAUAAAAUAAGAACACAGGUUAUGUUUACAUGUUUCAUAUUUUAAAUAAUUUAUUUCAUAAUUGUUAUUAUUGUUGCGAGAAUAUUACAAGUUAUUUGUAGAGGUUGUAUAUAAAAAAAAAAAGAAUGAAGUAAAUUAUGAAUUGAAAAUUAUUUUUAGUGAAUUAUUUCAUAGGGCCCUUCAGUAGAAAUAAAGUACAUUACAAUGAUUAUACCUCUAGUGAAUUUUGUAAUAUGCAUAAGGAUUUAUCAAAGCCUAAGAGGAUCACUUCUCUAAAUUUGAUUCAAUUUUUCCAAAAUAUUUAAAACCUUUAACCUGUACCACUACAACCCAAGAAGGAUCUUGGGUUCAGUACUGUUGCAAGACCAACCGUUGUGCAGGGAGAGAAUCGGGCCAGGAUCAUGCUGAACUGCCAGGUUUUCCUCCUUAAUCAAUUAUUUAAUUAAGGAUACCCACUUUGUAGAGGCUGGGUGUGCCCCAGGAGGGACUCCUCACGGCCAAUGAAACAAUAAAUAAAUUUUCUGCCAUGAGUCGGGAUUCGAACCUGGGGCUUGGCCAUUGGAAGCUUAGUGCCCUACCGCUCUCUUUCAAAAUAUUUAAUUUCCUGUUAUAAUGUUCGUUUUUUUAAAUAUGAAAAGAUAUGUGAAGUGGUCCUUUUAGCCUGCUCAAUAGCUUUUCCACAGUCAUAAUAGUUAGUAACAUGACUAAUGGAGAUUCCAUCACAUCAUCCAUUUUGCCUGUGGACUUCUUGACUUUUUUCUGUUGGUAUUACAGACCAUGUAAAUCUUUUGCCGCCUCAACAAGCCUGCUUCAUCUCUGCCUGUCUUGGGCUAUUUCUUUCCAGUUAUCUGCAUGCCGCUCUAUUGCAUCUUGGCUUAUUCUAUCUAUCCAUCUGGUUUUUGGCCUCUCACGUGGUCUCUUGCCUACUACUCUGGCAUUCAUUGUUGUGUAAAGGCGUUCUGAUGGAUUGCUACGAGCUACAUGCUCUGUCCAUCUUAACUUCCGUGCCUUCGUAUCAUGGGAUAUUUAUUGACCAGUUUCUGUAAGCAGUUCUUUGUUACUACUCUGAUCCCAGAUAGAUUAUGUUAUUUUGCUGAAGAUUUUUCUCUUAAAUCUUUCAAUACUUUUUUCUGCUGGUUAGUAUCUGGGUCUCACAGCUAUAUAAUAGAACUGGUUUUAUCAUUACAUUGUACACCUUUAAUUUGAGAUUUCUUUAAAUUUUUCGGGAUUUCAAUACCUUUGAAAGGGAGAAGAAAGCUCUGUUUGCACUAGUUAUACGCUGGUCUAUUUCUGACUGUUGGUCAUUCAUUGAGGUUAAUGUGGAGCCGAAGUAUUUGAAUUUUUUUCUCAGAAAUGAUUUUCCUUUUAUGGCAUCCUGUUAUUGGGGUAGAAUUUUCGGCUUAUUAUCAUAUAUUUUGUUUUCUCUUGAUUUAUUUGUAGGCCGAUCUGCUCUGCUUCUCCUGUCAGUCUUAGCGAGUUUCUCAAUGUCCUCUUGAUUAACUUCUUUACCUUGUUUGGUAAAAUUUAAUAACCAACAAUUUGUUUAGUUUAUCAUGUACAUUCAAUAAAUAAUAACUCAAUUAAUAUAUUUAAUAUAAUUUUUUUUACCAUAAUUUCUCAUAACCAUUCUAAUCUUAAGAUAUGUUUCAAAUGGCCACAAGUACCAAAACCUAAUAUAUAUAAUCUGAAAUAUGGGACACCACUACUGAAAAGUUGAACUAUAAAAUGAACAUGAUUAUAUUUUAUGUUGCUAUAGGUUUCGAUUAUAUAUAUUCUGUUUUAGGUCUUAGGGAUCAUACAUUAAAUAUUAUUAAUUCACCUACUUUAUGAUUUAGUUUACUAGUCAUUUUUUAAGAUUAAUGUAUUUAGAAAUGACAUUUUGAUCUCUUAUGAACCUUUAUAAUCUUAGCAGUAAUUUAUUUGAUCUAUUUCCUUAAGUUCAUGUGAUGGAUAUAAAAUAAUUCUUCAUUAUUAAAUAUUUUAUGAAUGUACUUUAGUAAAUUCAUUAAAAA